AUGGCUGCACCAAGUGGCAUCAGAGCGAGUUAUGAGUCGAGGAAUUCGGAGUCUGAAGAUGAGUAUGAAGAAGCUGGAGAGGAUCUUGAGGCCAAAGAGGUUGAUGUACCAGAAGAUGGAAGAGAGGAAAGAUUUCUGAGAGUAGUGGCACAAGCGAGUAAAGUGCAUAAAGUGGACGUUUCAAACUUUUCCAGGAUGUUGAAUCCAAAGGAUCUGAUUGAUUGGAUCGAAGAGAUGGAGGACUACUUCGAGUUUGAGGAUAUUAAGGGCCCACAGAGAGGAAUGGAAAGAAGUCAUGUGGCAAAUGAGGAAUCGGAAGGUGGAGUUACCAGAACUGGGUGUGCACCAGAGCAAAGAGAGUCUCUUAUGUUCAGAAGAGUCAUGAUGGAGCAGAGCAGUGAAGAUAUCGGACCUACUCAAAGGAGUCUUUUUCGAACUGUGCACAAAUUAGGUGCUUUUUCUGUAGAGAAAGUAAAAUGGGAACCACCGAGCAAACAAUGGAUAAAGAUCAAUUUUGAUGGUGCAUCAAAAGGAAACCCGGGAACCUCAGGCGCGGGUGUGGUGGCGAGAGACGACAAUAGAUUUAUCCUAUUCAAAGGAGCUCAGAGACUGCAGGAUGGCACUAAUAAUGAAGCAGAGAUCCAGGCAGCCUUCCUAGCAACAAAACUACCCUCAAACAUGAAAGUUCAAAGACUUCAUCUAGAAGGGGACUCUCAGAUAGUGGUUAAUGCAAUAGCUAGAGGCAACACGCCAUGUUGGAAGCUAAACAGAUGGGUGGCGAUGAUUCGAGAGAAACUCAACACAUUUGUGGAGUUCUGUGUCACACAUAUUAGGAGGGGAGCAAAUGCGUUGGCAGUUAUGCUAUCAAACAUUGGUAGUGAAUUGGAUAAUUGCGCGACUAAAUGGUGGAAAGGCGAUGGUCGUGUGUGGGAGUGGUACUAA